AUGGGCUGGGUAUUCAGAAUUCUAUUUGCUGCUCUGUUUUUGAGUCACAUCACUUGCCGAAUUCUUCUGGCAAAUAUUGGAGCCGCAGGGAGCCCAGAGUACCAUCCCGGCUACCCGGAGCAUGUCGGAAUCUUCCGCGGAAGACCAAAUUACGCAUAUGGAGGUGGUGGACGACUUCUGAUGGCAAAUGUGUUUCUUGGA